GUCUCGAGAGCCCUGUUACUGUCCCAGACAUCAGACUGUGAGAGGGCUGCAAGCCACCUGCAGGAGGCUGCGACCACAACGCAACCAGAAGAGCAGAAGUCUGUUGGAAAGAUCUAAGAAAACGACAGGAGCAGAGAAAACUACUUAAUUCUCCAGUUUCUUCUCCAGCCCUUCUUCAGCCAUCCUGUUAACUUUGGGCAGAAGACAACAGAGGAUAGAAGAGAAGAAUAGUGGAUCUUAUGAAUUGUGCUGAGAGACACUGAAGCACUUGACCUCAUGGAAAUGAGUCUCCUGAACUCUCUUGAUCAAUGAUGAACGUUGCGCGCCCCUGUGCGCCGGAGCCUGUGAAUCCCUGCCAUAGCCCUCAUAUGGUGACUUCUGAUGACCUGGAAUCAACACGAGGCUGAACCAUGGUCAUUCUGCAACAGGGGGACUAUGUGUGGCUGGAUCUUAAAACGGGCCGGGAGUUUGACGUCCCCGUGGGAGCCGUGGUCAAACUGUGCGACUCUGGACAGAUCCAGGUUCUGGAUGAUGAAGGCCGGGAGCACUGGAUUUCCCCUCAAAAUGCCACCAACAUCAAACCCAUGCACCCAACCUCCAUACAUGGGGUGGAGGACAUGAUCCGUCUGGGUGACCUCAAUGAAGCUGGCAUCCUCCGUAACCUGCUAAUCCGCUAUAAUGAAUGCGUCAUCUACACGUAUACAGGCUCAAUACUGGUAGCAGUCAACCCUUACCAGCUGCUGCCCAUCUAUACUCCAGACCAGAUCCGCCUCUACACCAAUAAGAAGAUCGGCGAGAUGCCGCCGCACAUAUUCGCCAUCGCAGACAACUGUUACUUCAACAUGCAGCGGAACAACAAGGACCAGUGCUGCAUCAUCAGCGGUGAGUCUGGAGCUGGGAAGACUGAGAGCACAAAGCUGAUUCUGCAGUUCCUCGCUGCCAUCAGCGGGCAGCACUCCUGGAUAGAGCAGCAAGUCCUAGAAGCCACGCCUAUCCUCGAAGCUUUCGGCAAUGCCAAGACAAUUCGAAAUGACAACUCCAGUCGCUUUGGGAAGUACAUAGAUAUCCACUUCAACAAGCGAGGGGCCAUUGAAGGAGCCAAAAUAGAGCAGUACCUGCUGGAGAAGUCCCGCGUGUGUCGACAGGCUCCAGAUGAGAGAAACUACCAUAUUUUCUACUGCAUGUUGAAGGGCAUGGCUCCUGAAAUGAAGUCAAAGCUGGGCCUGGGCCUUGCCACAGACUACUCCUACCUCACUAUGGGUAGCUGCACAAAGUGUGACGGUCGUAACGACCUGAGUGAUUAUUCCAGCAUCCUGUCAGCCAUGAAGGUUCUCAUGUUCACCGAGACAGAAACCUGGGAGAUUUCCAAGCUUCUGGCUGCCAUCCUGCAUAUGGGAAACCUGCGAUUCGAGGCUCGUACCUAUGAUAAUUUAGACGCCUGUGUGGUUGUGAGAUCUCCUGACUUGGUGACCGCUGCGUCGCUUAUGGAGGUGGAGCCUAAAGAUGUGAUGGUGUGUUUGACGACACGAACCCUCAUCACACGUGGUGAAAGUGUUGUCACCCCUCUAAGUGUGGAGCAAGGCCUGGAUGUCAGGGACGCCUUUGUUAAGGGGAUCUACGGGAGGUUGUUUAUCUGGAUAGUGGAUAAGAUUAAUGCUGCCAUAUACCGACCUCCUUCCUGCGAGAGUACCAUCAUCCGAAGAUCCAUCGGUUUGCUGGACAUCUUUGGCUUUGAGAACUUUAUCGUCAACAGUUUUGAGCAGCUGUGCAUCAACUUCGCCAACGAGAACUUGCAGCAAUUCUUUGUCCGCCACGUCUUUAAACUGGAGCAGGAAGAAUACAACCUGGAGGACAUCAGCUGGCAGCACAUUGAGUUCACAGACAACCAGGAUGCAUUGGACAUGAUCGCCAACAAACCCAUGAACAUCAUCUCCCUCAUAGAUGAAGAGAGCAAGUUUCCCAAGGGAACUGAUGCUACGAUGCUGUAUAAGCUCAACUCUCAGCACAAGCUCAACUCCAACUACAUUCCUCCUAAAAACUGCUACGAAACCCAGUUUGGUAUCCAGCACUUUGCAGGAGUGGUACAUUACGAGACCAGAGGCUUCCUGGAGAAAAACCGAGACAGCCUCCACACUGACAUCAUUCAGCUCGUCCACUCGUCCAAGAAUAAGUUCAUCAAGCAGAUCUUCCAGGCUGAUGUUGCCAUGUUUCUAUGUGGCUAUCAGCAGCCCAGCACACCUGCUCCCAAGGGCGUUGAGACGAGGAAGCGCUCCCCGACUCUGAGCAGUCAAUUCAAACGAUCUCUGGAGCUGCUGAUGAGGACGCUCAGUGUGUGUCAGCCGUUCUUCGUUCGCUGUAUAAAACCCAACGAACUUAAAAAACCCAUGCUGUUUGAUCGAGAGCUGUGCGUUCGUCAGCUGCGCUACUCUGGCAUGAUGGAGACCAUCCGGAUUAGGCGGGCGGGUUAUCCAAUCAGAUACACCUUCGCCGAAUUUGUGGAUCGUUACCGAGUCCUGAUGCCUGGCGUCAAACCUGCUCACAUACAGGAGGACUUACGGGGAACCUGUCAGCAAAUAGUCCAGGCCCGGCUGGGAAAACAUGAUGACUGGCAGAUUGGAAAGACUAAAAUCUUUCUAAAGGAUCACCACGACAUGCAGCUGGAGAUAGAGAGGGACAACGCCAUCACCGACAAGGUCAUCCUUAUCCAGAAGGCUGUGCGUGGGCUUAAAGAGAGAACAAACUUCCUCAGACUGAAGGGCGCUGUGACUGUUAUUCAGAAGGUCUGGAGGGGUUACCGGUGCAGAAAGAAUUACCAAAUUAUGCAGUCCGGCUUCUUGCGUCUCCAGGCCGUCUACAGGUCGAGGAAGUACUACCGAAGCUACCGGACGACUCGCCUUCGUGUGACUCUCAUCCAAGCCCGUUGCCGCGGUUUCCUCAUCCGGCAGGCAUUUUGGCGGCGUCUUCGUGCCGUGUUGACCAUCCAGGCCUACACCAGGGGCAUGAUAGCCAGACGCCUCUGCCAGAGGCUCAGGGCAGAGCUGCAGCAUCGACUGGAAGCUGAGCGCCAGCGCCUGGCUGAGGAGGAGCAGCUGCGAAACCAGAUGACAGUUCGGCGGGCGAAGGCUGAGGCUGAAAGGAAACACCAGGAGCGGCUCAUCCAGCUGGCACAGCAGCAAGAGGACAGGGAGCGGGAGGAAAAGGAGGAGUCGAGGAGGAAGAAGGAGCUGCUGGAGCAGAUGGAGAGGGAGAAGGAGCAGCCAGUCGACCACUCGGACAUGGUUGACCGUAUGUUUGGUUUCUUGGGGAACUCUGGGCCGCUGCCCAACCAGGAUGGACAGGCACCAGCUGGUUUUGAAGAUUUGGAAAACACGCCUUGUGGUGAGGAAGCUGAAGAGGAGGUUUUGAGCGAGGCUCCCCCGUUACCUGACGAGGAAGAGGAGGAUUUGUCAGAGUAUAAAUUCUCCAAGUUUGCAGCCACCUACUUCCAGGGUGUCUCCAUCCACACCUACAUCAGACGGCCACUGAAACAACCUCUGCUUUUCCACGAGGACGAAGGAGACCAGCUGGCGGCUUUAGCUGUAUGGAUCACUGUGUUGAGGUUCAUGGGCGACCUCCCGGAACCCAAAUGCCCGAUGGUCAUCAACGACGGCAGCGAGAAGAUCCCCGUCAUGACAAAGAUCUAUGAAACCCUCGGCAAGAGGACCUACAAGCGAGAGCUGCAGGAGCUGCAGGUGGAGGGAGAGAACAGCUCCAUAGACAGCCAGAAGAGGAACAGCGUCAGGCAUAAACUCGUGUCACUCACUCUGAAGAGGAAGUCCAAGAUCACUGAGGAGGUCACCAGGCGGCUGACAGAGGGGGACUACAGUCUCCAGGGAAACAGCAUGCUGGAGGACCGACCCACCUCCAACCUGGAGAAACUUCACUUCAUCAUCGGCAACGGCAUCUUGCGGCCCACCCUCAGAGACGAGAUCUAUUGUCAGAUCUGCAAGCAGCUCAGCCAGAACCCGUCCAAAAGCAGCCACGCCCGCGGAUGGAUCCUGCUGUCCCUCUGCGUGGGCUGCUUCGCCCCCUCCGAGAAGUUCGUCAAAUAUCUACGGACAUUUUUGAAAAACGGUCCUCCGGGUUAUGCUCCCUACUGCGAGGAGAGGUUGAGGAGGACGUUUGUCAACCGCACUCGGAUGCAGCCGCCGUCUUGGUUGGAACUGCAGGCCACAAAGUCUAAGAAGCCCAUCAUGCUCCCCGUGACAUUCAUGGACGGCACCACAAAGACACUCCUCGCAGACUCGGCCACCACAGCCAGCGAGCUGUGCAACGCACUGGCGGACAAAAUCAACCUGAAAGAUCGCUUUGGCUUCUCGCUGUACAUAGCUCUGUUUGACAAGGUGUCGUCUUUGGGCAGCGGUAACGAUCACGUCAUGGACGCCAUCUCGCAGUGUGAGCAGUACGCAAAGGAGCAGGGCGCCCAGGAGAGGAAUGCUCCCUGGAGGCUGUUCUUCAGGAAGGAGAUCUUCAGCCCCUGGCACAACCCUGCCGAGGACUACGUUGCCACAAACCUCAUUUAUCAACAGAUCGUCCGGGGGGUGAAAUUCGGAGAGUACCGCUGUGAGAGGGAGGAGGACUUGGCAGAACUGGCCUCUCAGCAGUACUACGUGGAUUACGGCUCCGAGGUCCUCCAGGAUCGUCUGCUCAGCCUCAUUCCGUCCUACAUCCCCGACAGAGAAAUCACCUCCACUAAGACUGCAGAGAAGUGGGUUCAGCUCAUCAUCAGCGCCCAUAAAAAGGGAGUACAAAUGAAAAGGAGGGUAAACACGCAGAAGGUGAAGGAGGAUGUGGUGGAUUUUGCUCGUUUAAAGUGGCCUUUACUCUUCUCACGCUUCUACGAGGCCUUCAAAUUCUCUGGGCCUAGCCUGCCCAAGAAUGACGUUAUCGUAGCGGUGAACUGGACCGGCGUUUACUUUGUGGAUGAACAGGAGCAGGUCCUUCUCGAGCUCUCUUUCCCAGAGAUCAUGGCUGUGUCCAGCAGCAGAGGGGGUAAACUCCAGGGACAGAGCUUCACUCUGGCCACCAUCAAAGGAGACGAGUAUACGUUCACCUCCAACAAUGCAGAGGACAUCCGCGACCUGGUGGUCUCCUUCCUCGAGGGUCUAAGGAAGAGGUCCAAAUAUGUGGUGGGCCUGCUAGACUGCCUGAACCCACUAGGGGUAGAUUCCAACUUCCUGAGUUUUGCUAAAGGAGAUCUGAUCAUCUUGGACGAACAUGACGGAGAGCAUGUGAUGAACUCUGGCUGGGCACACGGCGUCAAUGACAGAACCAAACAGAGAGGGGACUUCCCUGCUGACUGUGUCUAUGUGCUACCUACUAUCACCCGACCACAGUAUGAUAUAGUGGCUCUCGUCACCAUGACUCCUGAUCAGAGGCGCGAGUCUAUCGGUUUGUCCCAGAUUAACCUUUCGGACCAAGAGGAUAAAUCUAAGGCCUACACUCUGGAGGAGUUUUCCUACGACUACUUCAGGCCUCCUCCAAAGAGUACUCUGAGCAGGGUGGUGAUCUCGAAAGCUCGAGGGAAGGAGCGUCUGUGGAGCUGCACCCGCGAGCCUCUCAAACAGCCUCUAUUGAAGAAAGUCCUGGCUCACGACGAGCUCUCCCAGGAGGCCUGCCUUGCCUUCAUAGCUGUGAUGAAGUAUAUGGGCGACUACCCGUCCAAACGAGUGCGUUCUGUCAACGAGCUCACCGAUCAGAUAUUCGAAGGAGCCCUGAAGGCCGAGCCGCUCAAAGACGAAAUCUUCUGCCAGAUUCUCAAACAGCUAACAGACAAUCACAUUAAGUACAGUGAGGAGAAGGGCUGGGAGCUGCUGUGGCUCUGCACUGGUUUGUUUCCUCCCAGUAACAUCCUGCUGCCUCACGUCCAGAAGUUUCUGCAAGCCAAGAAACACUAUCCUCUGGCUCCAGACUGCAUGCAGCGGCUGCAGAAAGCCUUACGAAACGGAUCAAGGAAGUACCCUCCUCACCUGGUGGAGGUGGAGGCCAUCCAGCACAAGACGACUCAAAUCUUCCACAAAGUUUACUUCCCUGACGAUUCAGACGAGGUGUUUGAGGUGGAGUCGAGCACGAAAGCCAAAGACUUCUGCCACAACAUCUCCGGACGUCUGAUGCUCAAAUCCUCCGAGGGCUUCAGUCUCUUCGUCAAGAUCACUGACAAGGUCAUCAGCGUGCCUGACGGCGACUUCUUCUUUGACUUUGUGAGGCACCUGACUGACUGGAUCAAGAAAGCCAGACAUGUAAAAGAUGGUGUAGUGCCUUCUCUGACCUACCAGGUGUUCUUCAUGAAGAAGCUGUGGACUAAUACACUUCCUGGAAAGGACUCCAUGGCUGAUUCCAUCUUCCACUACUACCAGGAGCUGCCGAAGUAUCUGCGUGGCUACCACAAGUGCUCAAAGGAGGAGGUGCACCAGCUGGCAGCGCUGAUCUACAGGGUGAAGUUUGAGGAGGAUAAAUCCCACUUCCACAAUAUUUCCAAGAUCCUGAAGGAGCUCGUCCCCCAGGACCAGAUCAGACAUUUGUCGCCCGACGACUGGAAGCGGUCGAUCGUGUCACUGUUCAACAAGCACUCAGGGAAGACUCGGGAAGAAGCCAAACUCUCCUUCCUCAAAAUCAUUUACAAGUGGCCCACGUUUGGUUCGGCCUUCUUCGAAGUCAAGCAAACAACUGAUCCUAAUUACCCAGAAACCCUCCUGAUAGCAAUCAACAAACAUGGAGUCAGUCUGAUUGAUCCCAAGUCUAAGGACAUCCUCAUCACUCACCCUUUCACCAAGAUCUCCAACUGGAGCAGCGGCAACACGUACUUUCACAUCACCAUUGGAAACCUGGUGCGAGGCAGCAAGCUGCUGUGUGAAACGUCCCUGGGCUACAAAAUGGACGACCUCCUGACCUCUUACAUCAGCCAGAUGCUGACGACGAUGACCAAACAGCGAACGUCCCGGGGCAACAGCAAGUGAGCAGAAGGCUGGAAAGUCAUUGAUCCCAUUUGAUCGAAGCUGGACACAAACACCCACACGGCAGAAUGUAAAAAACGCGCUAAUGGCUGACUGUGACGCUCUAAUGUUUUCACACUAUAACAUCGGUCCUGUCUUAAAACUCACCCGCUGCCUUUAAAUGACUUUUUCCUGAAGCUGGACUUUGUGUAAUUGCAGUGAUUAGCAGUGACGUUUAUUCUCUGUGCUGUAAAGUGUGACACGUUCAACUUUCAAUGAAACCACUUUUCACAUGUCUUGA